GUAAUUUCUCUGCCCUUCUUCGAGCUGCUCUAUUUGCAGACACUCGUCGCUCUGAACACGUCUCACAUACUGCCUGGCUGCCUGCUCUGAUCUCUGCCCGUCGUGGCCGUCCUGUCAAAUCCUGGGGACAAUCUUCGUUCUUUUGUAUACAUCGAUCGCUCUGUGCAUCGGUCGGUCGGUCCGUCUACUUGUUGACGUCGGCCUUUAUCCUCGAUGGUCGUCCAGGGGUUGCGCACUGUAACAAUCACUGUACCUGCCGGGCUUCUCGAGCAUUAUAUCUUCGCAGACUUCUCAUCCCAUUGAAUUGCUUCCAGUAGCCCGUCAUUCGCUUGCUGCACCUCCUCAGUUCAUCGUUAUCACCGAAUUCCUCGUCCGAGACCAUCCUAUUUCGAUUUCCUCCCAGAACUCACUCACUCGCUUCACUCAAAUUCGACGAUCAAUUUCCGAAGCAGCGGUCGCACCUGUCAGGGCGUGCUUGCGUGCUCGAUUUUGAUUCCGAAUCGAUUCCAGUCUCGAUCAGGGACUAGAGCGGAAUGGCUGCAGCAGUGCAAGCGUGGAACUCGAGCAACUUCUUUCCUCCACAAUCGGCUGAAGUCGUGACGGUGCCCACGGAGCCCGGAGUCGCGUACCUAUUGUGGGGACUGAAUUCGACUCCGAGCCCGUCGUUGAACGCGCAGAACCACGAUCACAUCCUCCUCGCAGCCAAGACGAUCGUGCAGGGCGGCAUCAUCGCCGCGGUGUCCAACGAUCGCUGCGUGUUUCUGGCAGACGCCGACAACGAGGAAGCGCUCGAGCAGCUGAGUCGAUGCGCCGGCAGGCCGUCGUCUCUCGUCAGGGGAGCAGUUACUCUCGUCUGCGCACCGGAGUGGCUCUCGGAGCACGUCGACUUGGAGGAGAUUCAGAAACGAUUUGGAUACGCGAAUUUGUUGAGGUUCAGUCAAGACGUGACGUCUGCCAGCCAGGACGUGCUCGGCUUGGUUCUGCCUGCCGGGGUUGAAUCUGGCGCCCCCGCCCACCUCCUGCACGAGGGCACCAUCACCAGCGUGUGGAAGGAGUAUCAGCCCAUCAGGGAUUUGUCCACCUACGUCCGGUACUUCGGCAGGAGAUCGAUCAUGGCAGUGUCAGCCAGUGCGGUGGGGAUCGAUGAGACGAGCGAUAUUGGGAGUCUGAGCGAGAAGCUGAAGGGAGUGGUCACAUGGGUGCUGGAUGAUCCGCUGAACCAGCUUACGUACUCGGAGGCGACUCUCGUGGAUUUCACGGGAGCAAAGCCGGAAGUGCACGCGGCCGGGAGCAAAAUUCAUGCUGACAUUCGCGUGCAUCUAUCACGCUGGGGUCUGGGAGAUGAUCAUGCUUGAUUGGACUGCACCUGUGCUUUCGAGGCUUCAGCCGCUGAUUGCCUUACAAGAACUGUUCUCGUCCAAGAUCCAUAGCUGUUUCCCCGAGCGUUCAUGCCCAUCCUUCAAUUUCCACACUAUGUUCUUGCGAAUGGUUCGUAAUUUCACUUGAACCUUUUACAAUGUAGAGGCGUGAAUCCUAUCCGACCGACCGACCGACCUUCCACACUUCUGGAAACGAACCGAGAGAGCCCAUGAUUGAAAUUAUAUCACAGAGUUGUCGGGAGAGUUUCACUGUGGAGUUGCCUUUCUCCAAUUUCUGCCAUUGUCGACCGGACAAGAGCAGGGUGAAAGGAGAAGGGAGCCGGCUGCGCAGCGCAGCUCACCAGAUGUCGGACAGCUUCGAGGACAGAAGGGCGUGCACGUCCCGGAAGCACCGACCGAGUCUUUCGACGUUCGUCAUCUCCAGAGAAGGAAAGGUGUCACCUUCAGACUUCAGAUUAUAUACUUCUUCGGUUCCUUAAACUAUAGCGAGAACCAGCCCCGGCCACUUCGGGGCUACGCCGAGAGAGCAUCAGCACGAGGGCUGCUAGAGUCCUCACAGCCUUCUGCUCCGGCUGGACUGCAGGCAGCCUCGAUCGGAUGGACAGGUUCCGGGCACGAAUGAAUCAACUGGCAGUUCCUAUCUUACUGAAUCCACUACAUAGACCCAGGGCGAAACAAAACAAAAUCAAAGUCAAAAUCGAAUCUGAUCGAAUAAGAGUGCUAGAUUGAUGGAUAAUUAACCAACCAGCACAUUUGUCUCUUGAAGCAGCCGAGAUCACGGCCACUGUUGAAACCUUGCACGACAGCGUACACCAGAUGUACCUGGUAACUGAACAGAUAAGCAGAUGUUGAAGAGCUCUGGAAUGAAUCCUCUCAUCCUUACCACCUUAUCAAUCGACCUAGCGAUUCGCGCCUCCCCUCAACUUGUUCGUGAUAUUUUGAUCCUAGGUAGAUACCGAUAUGUUUGCCAACAAGUAGAUGUAAGUAUUCUGCUGCAAGGUUUUUGUAUAAAACUUGUCUUUCGUGGCCUUUUGUGUCACGAAGCUUUGGAAAAUAUCCAUUCAGACUUG